UUAUGCAAAUGACUUGCAGUUUUGCUGGAUAUAAAUACGUCUAGUUGCAAUGUUUUGUGUUUUGUUAGUGUUAUUCGCUCUAACUGGCAGAUUCUCGAGUGCAUAUAGUUUUCAAGAAACUAGAGGUGUUCAAGACAGCAUGAUGACCAAAGUCCUGCCCAAGACCAUGAAAGCUGUUGGCCUUUACAAGUACCUGCCGAUUGCAGAAACCGAGAGCCUCUUGAAUUUGGAGGUUCCCAUUCCAACCUUGAGAAGUACUGAUGUGUUGGUAGAAGUUAAAGCAACAGCUGUUAACCCUAUAGAUACUAAACAGCGGGCACCUAAGCCAGUUCCUCCUACACAAGAACUUCCUCGAAUUUUGGGCUGGGAUGGUGCAGGUAUAAUUGCAGCUAAAGGUGAAAAUACUAAAUAUUUCAAUGUUGGUGAUGAAGUCUUUUUCACUGCUGACUUGAGAAGAAAUGGAUCUAACGCUCAAUAUGUUGCUAUAGAUGAAGUUAUGGUUGGAGUUAAACCGAAAAAUCUGACAUUUGAACAAGCCGCAGCAAUGCCUUUGACUACUGUCACAGCCUACGAGUCUUUGUAUGAUCGGCUGCUGCUCUCGGAGAAAGAUAAAGGGAAAACUUUGUUGAUUAUUAACAGCGGUGGCGGUGUUGGUUCUGUGGCCUCUCAGUUAGCUAAGAACCUAGGACUGAAGGUUAUUGGCACCGCUGCCCGGCCUGAAACGGAAGAGUUCAGUCUUCAACAUGGAGUAGAUAUUGUCCUUAACCAUACUAAAGAUUUAAUACCUCAGUUGGAAGCACAUGGAUAUGGGAAUGGAGUGGAAUUUAUACUGGUUAAUUACGACCCAUAUCCUUACUGGAGCACUAUAAUGGCGGCUGCUAAGCCCCAGGGCAGGAUUUGCCUCAUUGUGGAUAGCAGUGGUUUGGUUGAUAUAAGGCCACUUAAAGAUAAGAGUCUUACUCUUGUCUCUGAAAUGAUGGCAACAAGAAUUAAGUAUGAUACAGAGGACAAGAAUAGAUAUCAUGAAAUCUUUGAGGAUGUAACCAAGAUGUUUGAAACAGGUGUAUUAAAAUCAACAUUGACUAAAACUAUGUCACCAAUUAAUAUUGAAAACCUUAGAGAGGCCCAUAGGCUUUUAGAAGAGAAGAAAGUAAUUGGAAAGAUUGUACUCAGUGGAUUUUAAACUUGUAUUGUGAUAUCUUGUAAAGUAAAAUAAAG